ACUGGUCGUUGCUGAAUAACAACGUCCAUUACCAGAAGAUACCCGAGAGCUGUGUUCGUACCAAACUUUUCGAUAUGACUUUCAUCAGGGGCAAAAAACAUUGUUUCGCUAUUUGAACUUGUGUUCAAGUUUUUUUUAUGAACAGAAAUUAAUUAAAUUCUGUUAUUUGUGUUUUAUUAGUGAAAAGACUAAUUUAAAAUAGUUAUGACUGUAUAAUAUCUUUUGUUGCAACGGAGAAAGAAUUAUAUUGUGUAUUACGACGUGGCAUUUAGCCUCGAACUUCGAUUCUGUGAUAGGAAGGAGUUGAAAUCAAAAGAUUCAAUUUCUGUUCUGAACAUCAUCAUUUUUAAUGAUGCAUCACAGAUAAGUUUAAAAAGAAGAUUAAAGUUAAAUCUUCUGAAAUUGUGUGACGAGAGGGAAUAAGGAUUUCAAAGAGAGGAUCCUUUGGAGAUUAAUGGUAAAAAGGAUAAUCGCAUGUGGCUAUCAAUGGAUUUAGAUUAUCUAAUACAGUCGUUGGAUGGAGUUAGGGUUUGUACACCUCACCCUUGUAGAAAAAGAAAGUCAGUAAAACGACACAGCUCGUAUCAUGGAUCUCCAUCCAAACAGAAACACGCCUUCCAGUUGAGACGACCGUCAGGAUCUUACGUUUACGUCAGGUGUGACGUUUGUAAGAUGAAUAUACCUCACCGUAUUUUAACACCUGAUGAUGGGGGUGGAGGUAAAACUAUGGUUAAAUCUCUGGAGAGUGAUAGUAGCGGAGAGGUUUUGACAGGACAAUCAUUAACUGAUGGUUUAAGUUUAAGUCACGGGAGUGAAGAAUCGUUAGAGAAGCGAUCUAGUCUUCCUCGUAUGAAGAGCUAUGAUGCUGUUGUGUUUGACGUACUCCGUGUCUCUCCAGAUGAUUUUGCUAGUCAGAUAACGUUAAUGGAUUUACCAGUAUUUCAAUCAAUUCAACCAGAUGAAUUGACAUCAUGUGCCUGGACAACAAAAACUAAAUUAAUCCGUGCACCGUAUGUUGUUGCCUUCACUCGCAGAUUUAAUCAUGUAAAUUUUUGGGUACAGAAGGAAAUAUUAAAUUGUCAGACUUUAAAAACGCGCGCUGAAGUAUUAUCCCAUUUUAUAAAAAUUGCCAAAAAACUGUUAGAUUUGAAUAAUUUACAUGCUGUAAUGGCUGUUAUAUCUGCGUUACAAAGUGCUGCUAUUUUUAGACUCUCUAAAACGUGGAUGAUGUUGUCUAAAAGAGAUAAGUCUACGUAUGAGAAGAUGGCAGAUCUAUUUUCUGAAAACAGUAACCGCCAAAAAUUACGAGAUUAUAUGGAGAAUGUGAAACUGCCGUGCAUACCUUAUUUAGGUUUAUAUCUAACUGAUCUGAUCUAUAUAGACGUAGCUCAUCCUCAUCACGGAGGUAUGGAAAGUCAUUCACGUCGAAUACAGAUGAAUAAUAUACUCCGUGUUAUCGCAGAUUUUCAACAGUCUACGUAUGAAAAUCUGGGUAUUUUAGAACAUGUACAGAAUUAUUUAAAGUCUGUUCGUUAUAUAGAAGAACUACAGAAAUUUGUUGAAGAUGAUAAUUACAAAUUAUCGUUAAAGUUAGAACCAGCCACUAGUCAAGGUGUAUCUACGUCACGGGAAGAUGUCACGAUCCAUGUUUUACCUCCGUCACCCGCUACAGAUCCUAGACCCGGAUGUUUGUCUGUCAGCGGACCAUCUAAAUAUGCUCCGGGGCAUCGGAAAUCUCGCAGUUUGACAGCCAAUUUUAUGAGCUGUACUCAUCCACAAGUAGAAAAAAGUUAUAGUUUACCGUCGCGAACCACAGCUCCUUAUGUUCAAGGUAUUCGUCAUUUACUGGAUGAUAGUGUCUUGGAGGAGGAGUCACCUUGUGCAUCCAGUGAUGGAUCUGUGUGUAGUAAAUUUCAGUCAUUGGAAUCGAGAGAACAACACGAUUCUACAUCUAGUGAACAGGAAACAUUCUGGCCAGCAUUAAAUGAUAUUCAAUGGCGAGGGUCAGAUGAAAGUCCUGGUACAAUUUAUCAGGCCAGUUUUACUUGCGAAGGUUGUUUAAAACGUAAAACAUUGCUCAAAGAUGGCAAGAAACCCACGGUAUCGUCAUGGUCGAGAUAUUGGGUAGCAUUAUGGGGAACUAAUUUAUUAUAUUAUCCUGCCAAAUCACUCAGGGGAUCCAGUCGAUCUGAUUUUAAAACUAACCCAAGUAAACUACAAUAA